GCAAAACGCAAACACAACCACAUACACCAUGAUCCGCCACGAUUAUUCUCGAGUCGAUCCGAAGCGGCGAACACACAUUGAUCCUAAGAAGAGGCAAUUCGCCAAAGCAGAAUUCCAGCAGCAAAACUAUGAGCACCGGCUCAACUUCUACAUCUUGCCUCCCACGGCGGAAAUCACGCUGGAGGAGUUUGAGACGUGGGCAAUCAAUCGGCUGAAAGUCCUCUCUGAGCUCGAAGCAUGCAGCUUCCGCAACCGCAGCCCCGAAGAAACCUCCGAGUACAUGACGAGCAUCUUGAACAAAUACCUCCCUCUUCGUUCGAAUUCGUCGCGUAGCCAGAGUCUGCAGGACGAGAGGAAAAAAGACCACUAUUCGCACUUUAUACUCCGCCUCGCCUUCUCUGCAACCGAAGACCUGCGCAGGCGAUUUUCGCGAUUAGAGACAAUGCUCUUUCGCCUGAGAUUCAAAGACGAUGACCUACGAGAAAGGCAAGAGUUCGUGAGAAGUCUGAAUCUGGAGUGGGAGGAGGUCAAGGAAGACGAGAAGCGAGAGCUCCGCGACGAAUUGGUAGCCGCUAGUAGGUCGAAGAAGGGCGAAGAGCAGGACUGGUUCAAGGUAGACUGGGAGCGGGUUCCAGAACUGGUGGAGCAGAGAAAGGUAUUGCUGAAGAGGGGAAAGGCAUACGUUCCACAGAGGGAGCAGAUGAGCCUGGUCGUCGCGGAGUUCACGAAACGGCUAGAUGAAGCUCUCGAGCUCACCGCUCGCGCACUUCCCCGUCUCGACGAAGACGACCGCCUUGCACCCAUCCUCUCCCACCUCUCCCAAUCCUUCAAUGCCCCUGACGCCGCAUACUCCUCCUCAGACGCCUCCAUUGAUGGCCUCUCCAUCAUAACCGCCAACGCCAUUGACACGCUCUCCCAAAACUUCCCUCUCUGCAUGCAGAACUUGCAUAUGACAUUACGCGCAAACUCGCAUCUCAAGCACUACGGCCGUCUUCAAUAUACCCUCUUCCUCAAGGGCAUAGGUCUCAGCCUAGAAGAGUGCAUCGUCUUCUGGCGGCGCUCCUUCAAGCUUAUGACAGACGACAAGUUCCAGAAAGAAUACAAGUACAAUGUCCGGCACGCGUACGGCGAUGUGGGCGGCGACGCGAAUAGACGCGGACGAGGAUAUACACCUUACUCCUGCCAGAAGAUCUUGACUGAGCCGGUUCCCGGUCCCGGUCAAGCGCAUGGAUGCCCCUACCGCACGUUCACAAGCGACAAUCUCACAUCGUUGCUCCAGCGCGUGGGCAUCAACGACCGCGACGUGCUCAAGACGGUCAAGGAGGAUGUGAGCAAACAGCGAUACCACGUUGCGUGUAACAGGGUGUUUGAACAUACGCACAAGAGGGAGAUUAAAAAGGUGAAGGAUGAUGGGACGUGGAGUGCGACAGAUCUGGACACAAUCGUGCAUCCGAAUACGUAUUUCAAGCGCAGUUGGCUGUUGAAGCAUCUGGGCGAAGGGAAUGCGGGCAUUGUUAAUGGGGAGAAGAUGGAGGAGUAAGUCUACGAGAUUACUGCAUGGUCUUUUCGGCGUACGGCGUCGCGGCGCUGGGCGACAGCUUGGGCGUAGGCAUCGUAUAUCCUUGCACUAGUCUCGUAUUUAUACAUUGGU